AUGGGAUGCAUGCAAGAUACAACUGUCAAAGGAGCUGAUAUAAGCCAACCCAGCCAAGGCCUGGAGUUUGACUUUGAAUUAAACAAGUCGAAGCCGAGCUCAAAAAAUGCCCUUAUGGCUGGCAUUAACGAAAACGUUGUGGAAGAAGAAGUGGUCAUUGAUGAUAGGGCAUUGUUUGCUGAAGACCUUGAAGUAAUAACCUUUAAAACUGAGAGAAAUGAUAUAGCGCCUCUGCAAAGAGAAGAAAUUCUUGAAAAAGCGCUGCAGAUCAGCCAACAUUCUGUCAAUAAGAUUAUUGCAAGACAACGUGAAGAAAAAGGACAGCAAAGACUGAAAAUUGAUAAAGACGCUUUGGUUUCUGGCUUUGCAAAACGUAUAGCAGCAGCUGAAUAA